AUGCCCAACCAAAACAAGCCAACACCACCUCUUGAGGACAUUGCUCCUCACAUCCUUCGGUACUGGAAAGCGCGUCAAACAGACAAGAAGAUCGUAGAAAACUUGCAGGAUCAUUUCGACACAUCUCGUUAUGGACUAGGAUACACGAAGUUCAGAGAGAUCCGCAAUGACAUGGGUCUCCUGCGUACCCGCCAGCAGAGCCACACCAUCGAAUCUAUCCAUGAAGCCAUGAUCGAGCUUCGCAAGGCAUACCCGAAUGCCGGUGCACGGGAAAUGGUGAUUUUGCUAUUUCAUGAGAAAGAAAUGAGUGUUUCAAGAAAUUUAGUGAUAGCAUACUGUGCUGUCUAUGAAGCAGACCUCGUACAUCAGCGAAAAGCCCGCCGUCUCAAGCGGAGGCGGUUCUGGGCCGCUGGCGUCAAUGACCUAUUUGCUGUUGAUCAACAUGAUAAGUGGCUUCGAUUCGGUCUUGCAUUGCAUACUGGAGUGGAGCCAUUCUCGGGUCGUAUCAUGUGGAUCCGAGUCUGGCAUUCUAACCGCAACCCCCAGCUCAUUCUCACAUACUAUCUUGACACCAUCCAGAAACUGGGCCAUAUUCCGCUGGUGACUCAGAGUGAUCCUGGCACUGAAAAUUACGGAAUCGCCAAUGCACACACUAUGCUUCGUCAAAUGUACGAUCCGGCACUGCAAGGUACAUUACAACACCUCUGGAUGCGGACCAAGAAGAAUGUUAAACCGGAGAUCACUUGGUCUCAGUUACGGCGCCGGUUUACUCCUGGUUUCGAAACACUCUUGGAUGAAGGAGUGGAGAACGGCUGGUAUGAUAGUGAUAACACCCUUCAGGUCAUGAUCUUCCGCUGGAUUUUUAUUCCGUGGCUGCAGUGUGAGCUAGAUAGGUAUCAGGACCGCGUUAAUAACACCCUCAAGAGGCCAGAUCGUAACAAGGUGCUUCCACACGGUGUACCCAAUCUAAUAUACGAGUCUCCAGAAGAUUUUGGGGCCUUGGACUUUAAGGUAACGGUCAAACAAGAUGAUAUAGACUAUGUCCGCCGUCUCUAUGUGAACCCUGAUCAUCCGGUCUUCGAUUUGGUUCCCCGACCCCUCAACAACUUCAUUCAAGGCUGUUAUGAAGACCUAGGCCGUCCUCCAAUCACUCGCCAGUCCGUGUGGACGAUCUACUUAGAUUUGUAUGAUUCGAUGCAGCGCUCUGUGCAGGUGCCAGCCAUUGUCAGGUCUCUUACAGCGGGCACUGACCCAGACGAAGAGCCUUUGCCUCUCCUCGAAAACCAAAACGACCUUUUUUUUCAUGAGGAUACUGAUGGUGCUUACUAUAUGGGUGGCAUUCAUGGCGGACAAGGUCUAGAUGCAUCUGAUCAUCACCGGCUGGAUGAACUGGCUGAGUUGGACGAACCAGGCGCACACUUACUGCCUACAGCUCCAAUCAUAGAGGAGGAGGCAUUAGUUAUUGCAGGAUUCUCUGAUGAGGAGGACAAUGAUGAAACAUUUGAUUGGUGA